AUGUCGGAGACCGAGGAGCAGCUCAAGGCGCGCAUCAGGAGGGAGGCGAAGGAGCUCAAUGAAAGAGUCGCGCGCGAGGCCGCGGAGGCGAGGGAACGAUUGCGUAACAAGCCCGACUCCCCGCGGCACGUCACGUUCUCGGAUGAACCGCCGCCCGUCACAAAGAAGCGCCCUACCUACCACUCGGGACCGCUCGAGUCGAAGCACGGGUCUUGGACCCUCACCGACAAGGAAAAAGCCGAGUCCUCCUUCCAUGAAGAGCGAUUAGCAGUCAAAGAGAAGCCAAAGGAAGACAAAAUAGUAGUAAAAGAGGAAUAUACAGGACACGCCUUCGGCGCGAAGCACGACAAGGAGCGAAGCACGGGUUUCGGCGACACGAGCAAGGAGGCCGCGAUGCCCAUGCACCUGAGGUUGCGAGACAAUCGCAAGGGCGCCAUGGUGCUCAACAAGCAGGGCGGCAAGUCUCCCUGGCGCGUGUCUUGCGAAGUGGGGGAUCUCGAGGGGGAGUGGGAGUCUGAAAGGAAGUUGUGCUUUGACUCGUUGCAGCGCAUCCGGAAGCGCGACGAGGACGGCAACCUCGAGCCAGGCUACGACGAGGACAUCCUGCCGCACCAGUUGAAGCACGCGAAUGACCGGCAUAAAGUCAAGGCGACGCACGGCGUGCCCGAUAGGACAUUGAGAAGAUACAAGGGCGAGUGCGACGAGACGUUAGCUGGCACGAAUGCCAAACGAAAAAAGUGGAAACGACUGGAAGCGGCACCGUCCGUCGAUCCCAUGGAGGUCGGCGACGACGCGGACCACAUGCGCGCCAUCGCCAAAAAAAAGAAAGAUGAAUUGGAAAGGGCCGCGGCGAAGAUGCGCGCUCGCGUCGAGGCGUACGAAACUGUGUGGAAAUCAAAUUUCGGGCGCCCCGUGACUGCGUCUGCUCGAUGGCGUGGAGACCUCCGCGGAGCGUCGCGGUCGCUCGACUCGUCCGAAUGGCCUCAAAACUCGUCUGAUGGACACGAGUCGCGUCGAUGGCGUGAAGGCGGCGCAGAACUCACGGGUCGAUGUCCACGCAGGUACGAGAAUCGGAUGAUCGACGACGAAAGUGACCAGAUCCCGAAGCCCGAAGGUAUGUUGAGCUUGGAGUUGAAGCAGAAGCGCUUGCAGGCCGAGGGCAAGGACUUGUACGGUCGCGAGGCCUAUGAGUUGCAAUUUCUGUCGAUACGGUGGAUCGACAAGAAGAUGAUCCGCGAGCGGCAGAAGAAGCGGGAGGCCCAACUGGCGUUGAGGGAGCGGUGGAAGAACUCCGUGAAGGUCGACGAGAAGAAGGCGGAGACGUUCCUCGAGAGGGUCAAGAAGCGGCUGUUGCGACUCGUGCUCGGCGAGAAGGCCGUGUCGCGAAGCAUGAAGGGCAAGGGCGACCCGGCCUUCGAGAAGCGCAUGAAGGUUUUGAAUUUAGCUCGCACUUGUUUCAUGAUCAUGGAUGCUGAUGACAGUGGCACGUUGUCGCGGGACGAGAUCCUCACAGCGGUCAAGGAGGACAAACGGGUCCUAGGCUUCCUCCGGGAGUGCAAGGAGGAGGUUUUACGUGAUUUGAUGGUGCCAGAGAAACUAGAAGAAAACUUGGAGAAGAUGGACACGGACAAGUCGGGAGCUGUGUGGAAAUCAACCAGUGCGUCGGGUGCACCCGACAAUUCUUCACUAAGUCAUUUCUCGGCGAUGACGCGGCCGUGCUGGCUCGGUCGAGCGGUGAGGAACGAGCAUCACCACGCCAUCGAGCAGGCUUCGCGUCGAUGGCGUGGAGGACGACGCGAUGAUUCAGCACGAACGCGCCGUAAAAUUUUGAUUUCCACACAGGUCCGGAGAAAUUGAUAUGGAGGAGUGGAUCAAUGCGGUGACUUUAUCGUUGAAUGCGGAGAUGGAGAAGGAGAAGGAAUUGAGGGAGAAGGCGGCGGCGGCGCUGGCCGAGGUCCUUGAGGGCGAGGACCUGGACGCGAUCGAGGCGGCUUUACAGGAGGCGGUGGCAAAGGGCGUGGCCGAGGAGGUUUUGGCGAAGGCCCGGGCGACGCACAAGAAGCUCGAGAGGAAGCAGAGGGGCAGCCGAUUCAGCCGGGGCAGCCGCGCCAGCCGCGCGAGCCGGGGCAGCCGCGACAGCCUACCGGACGAGGAGCGCUCCGUCAAAUCAGACGUACUGAGCGUGCACGCCGACGACGCGGCCGCUCCGGCGCCGGCGCCGGCGGCGCCGGCGCCGAUCGAGGACGAGGCGGCCCCGCCCUCGUCGGCGGCCGGUCGCAUGGAACAAGCUUCUGAGAGGCCGAAGACGUCGCGCGGGCCCUCGACGCCUCGAAAGAAGAAUCGCGGGUGGCUUGGUUUCGGCAAGAAGGAGACGCCCGUGUCGCCGCCGAGCGCCGCCGUCUCGCCGGAGAAGGCGGGUCCCGAGGCGCCGGCGACACCCGGCGGGCCCGCCGAGGCGCCGGCCGAGGCGCCGGCCGAGGCGGAUCGCCUCGCGCGAGCGGCCGCGGAGCGAUUGGCGGCAGAGCAGGCCCGCGAGGCCAAAGAGAAAGAAUACGCCGAGGCCGAGGCCGCGCGCGUCGCCGCGGAGGAGCGACGCGCCGCGGACGAGGCGCUGGCCGCGAAGGUCGCGGCCGAGGAGAAGGCCAAGGAUGAUGAGGUCGCCGCGCGGGCCAACAAGCCCCAGAUCGACGCCAUCCUGGCCGACCGCGACACGUCGAAGCAGCAGAAGAUCCUGGCGAUCAACCGCCUCAAAGACCUCCCGGCGACCGUGAAACAAAGAGCGAUGCAGGCGGCGCAGACGGGCAAGGACUUCACGAUCUAGCACUAAGACUCAAGAAAGAUUAACACUCGG